GUAAAUAGCUUUCCAAAUUCAAAACACUUCAGCCGUUUGAUUUCCAUGCAGAGGAUACUAGAAAUGCGUUGAGCAACAUUGGAUUCAACCAUAUUUAUUGUUCACAUUCAUAGGACUCUGCUGAUGGAUUCUAGUUAUCAGCAAAUCCAGAGUAUUAUCAGAGUAGACUUUCCACCUCAUUUUUCUUCUGGGAUAUUCGAUUUAUUUUUUAAUUACAAUUCUACACACGGAUAUCGAUAGAGUCACCGUAAAUGAAUACUUUCAAUUAGAUCAGUAAAGAGAGACAAAGGUGGGGAGAUCCGAGCGGAUGUCUCAGGUGAAAAUUUGGUGAAAAAGGAUAGCCAUUGAUGAGGAUGGAGGUUCAUUUGCCAGCGCAGAGACCUCUGAAUUGCAGAACCCACUUCAAGAUCAAACCUUUUCUUGGAUUAGUCCCUCAUGGAACUACUAGCACAUUCUCCCGGUCUUCCCACUGGCAAAACGAUGGUGUCGUGGCUCAGGUUUCUUAUAGAAUCACUGCAAGCGCGGACUUCUCGAGAAGAAGGCGAAGGAAAAUUUCCACACCAAGGUCCGAAGACCCUAAACCGAGGGGGUUUAUGCCAAGAAUGCAGGUCCCUACAGGCAUGCAGAAAAGGGAUAAAAAGAACAAUGAAGAAAAGGAAAGUCCAGAUGCAUCACCAUCCAAAGACUUUGGGGGGUCCAAUAGGAAAAUAGCAGCUGAAUUGAAAAUUACAGCCAAUGAUGAAGAGUUUGUCAACAUUAAUCAAGGGAAGGAAGCAGGUGAAGAAAGUGAAGAUGAAAGUAAUGGUGGUUUGAAGGAGGUUCCGUUACCUACGGAACCAGAACCAUCACUUGAUGAUAAAAUAAGCCAAUCUGCCGAAAGUGGAGAAAUUGACACCGUUUAUGAGGAUGUGAUGGAAUCAACAGAAUCAGAAAGAAUUACGGAGAAGGUCGUCGAGGAAAAAGCAACAGCAAGUGGGUAUAGUGGUGUUGAAGAAGAUGGUACAGUUAUUGAACAAAAUGAGAUUCAUAUUAUUAAAGAUAACAAAGUCCAAACCAUUGAGAAAGAGGAGUACAAAGAGGCAACAACUAUAUCUGACUCUGGAAGAAAAGCAACAGAUAAAAUAGAUUCAGGAACGAAGGAAAUGAGAACGGUUAAGAACAAUGAUGAGAAGAGAGUUGAAAGAAUCAAAAUUAUCAAUGAUAUUAGUGAAAAUCAUGUUCCAAAAUCUGAGUCAAUGGGUGAAGGACUGAUUUUGCUCAAAGAGGAGAAAAAGGACGAAGAUUUUUCUUUAAAACUAAAAUUGAAGGAGGAUGCAAAUAUGCGCAAGGAGGUUUUAGCCAGGCAUGCCGAGGAAAAUUUCAGGAAAGGAAAUAAAUUGUUCUAUUAUCCUGAUGUGGUAAAACCAGAUCAAGAUAUAGAAGUAUUUCUUAACAGAAGUUUCUCCACUUUGAAAAAUGAACCUGAUGUCUUGAUAAUGGGUGCCUUCAACGACUGGAAAUGGAAAUCAUUUACCAUAAAGUUGAGCAAGAGCCAUCUUAAUGGGGAUUGGUGGUCUUGUCAUGUCCAUGUUCCUAAGGAAGCAUACAAGAUGGAUUUCGUGUUUUUUAAUGGACAAGAUGUCUAUGAGAACAAUGAGAACAAAGAUUUCUGCAUAAAUGUGGAAGGUGGUAUGGAUGUGUUCGAUUUUGAAAAUUUCUUGCUUGAAGACAAACGCAGAGAACAGAAGGAACUUGCUCGACAAAAAGCUGAAAUGGAAAGACGUCAGGAAGAACAAAGACGUAUAGAAGCAGAAAAGGCUAACCAAGAAGCAGAUAGAGUUCAGGCAAAAGAGGAAGUUGCAAAGAGAAGGAGAAUGCUGGAAGAGUUAGUGAAAAAGGCCAAGAAAUCUGUGGAUAAUGUCUGGUAUAUAGAGCCUAGAGAAUUUAAAGGAGAGGACGAGGUUAAGUUAUGCUACAACAGGAUCUCAGGACCACUUGCUCAUGCUAAGGAUGUUUGGAUUCAUGGAGGGCAUAAUAAUUGGAAGGAUGGGUUGUCCAUCAUUUCAAAACUCAUCAGAUCUGAGAGAAAAGAUGGUGACUGGUGGUUUGCCAGUGUUGUUGUCCCUGAUGGAGCUCUUGUUUUGGACUGGGUUUUUGCUGACGGUCCUCCUCAACAGGCUAUUAUUUAUGACAAUAAUCAUCUCCAAGAUUUCCACGCCAUUGUCCCAAAAUCGAUUCCAACAGAAUUGUAUUGGGUUGAGGAAGAACAAAAGAUAUACAGAAAACUUCAGGUGGAGAGGCGUUUGAGAGAGGAAGCAGCACGAGCAAAGGCUGAGAAAACAGCACGUAUGAAAAGGGAAACAAAGGAAAGGACUUUGAGGACAUUUUUGUUGUCUCAAAAGCAUAUAGUCUAUACUGAUCCCCUUGAUGUCCAAGCUGGAAAGACUGUCAUAGUUUUCUAUAAUCCUGCAAACACUGUCCUAAAUGGAAAACCUGAAAUCUGGUUGAGAUGUUCGUUCAAUCGCUGGACACACCGCAUGGGUCUUUUGCCACCUCAGAAGAUGUUGCCUGCUGAAAAUGGCUCUCAUCUUAAAGCAACAGUCAAGGUUCCGUUGGAUGCAUACAUGAUGGACUUUGUAUUCUCUGAGAAAGAAGAUGGUGGAAUUUUUGACAACAAAAAUGGGAUGGAUUACCAUGUACCUGUCUUUGGAGGAGUAGUGAAGGAGCCCCCUAUGCACAUUGUACAUAUUUCAGUUGAAAUGGCACCUAUUGCGAAGGUGGGGGGUCUUGGUGAUGUUGUCACUAGUCUUUCACGUGCUGUUCAGGAUAUGAACCAUCAUGUGGACAUCAUUCUUCCAAAAUACGAUUGUUUGAAGCUUAACAAUGUGGAGGACUUUCAGUUUCACAAAAGCUAUUCGUGGGGUGGGACUGAAAUAAAAGUUUGGUUGGGGAAAGUUGAAGGGCUUCAUGUAUACUUUCUGGAGCCUCAAAAUGGGUAAUUACAAGUGUUACCAGCUUGUUUGUGGCUUGUGGUUUUUACCUUUUUGUUUGAGCUUGUUGCUUAUGUUCAUAGUUGAAGACCCCAGUUCUGCCUCUGCUUGUUUAUCGUAUUAAUAAACCUCUUUGAUGGCAUAGUAUUUAUAGUAUGUUUGGUAGUGCUUUUAGGUAUUAUAAAUUGUGAGUUUUAUGGAACAUGUGGAUAAUAAAUGAGAGGGAUAAUUGCAGCAGAGGUCCCAAAUCUUUCAUUUUAUUGCAAAAUACAACUUAACCUUUAAUUUUUCCGGCUGCAGUCCCAAACCUUUAACUUCUGUGGCAGCUAAAGUCCAUUUGAUAGAUUUCAUCCACUUAUCCGUUAGUCAACCCUUAAAUUAAAUGUUUGAUUCAAAUUAACAAAUAGAUGAGGGUAAAAUGGUCCGUUUACAUUUUCUAUAAUAAAUUUUUUUUUUAAAACUAUUCAUCA